AUGGGUGAUUACGGGGUUACCGUUAAAUCCCUAAACUCCACCAGAACUCCAGCCCAUCCACUGCCUGCACUAUCCGUGCUGGUUACAGGGUUCGGGCCAUUCAAGACUAAUGCAGUCAAUGCUUCGUAUUUGGUCGCAUCUGCCCUUCCUCCCUUGUUCACGUAUACCUCCAAGACCGAAAGUGGCCUGUUCGAACGCAGUGUCUACAUCCACGUGCAUCCAUCCUCUAUCCCAGUUGCGUAUUCAGCUGUGCGAUCAACUCUCCCGGAGAUUCUAACUCAGUUUGCCGAUACUCAUGGUGGACGCCGACCCGAUCUUGUGAUCCAUAUCGGCAUCGCAUCGGCGCGGCCAUACUAUUCUGUCGAGGUGCAAGCCCAUCGGGACGAUUAUAACAUCACGGAUAUCAACGGCGAGCUAGGAUAUGAAGAUGGUGAAAAAAUUUGGAAGGAGAUGGGCUUACCUCCUAUAUUGACCCCAGGAAGCACGAAAGCAGAAGAGAAAGGGUCAGCUAUCACACCUUAUCCACCAAAUGAGCACUUCCUACAGACGUGGAAAGCCUUUGCACCGCCAGACCUGGAUAUCCGUCUCUCUCAUGAUGCGGGCCAUUAUCUUUGUGAUUUUAUAUACUAUACCAGCUUGUCCUUGGCCCAGCUGCAGGAUCAAGAUCGCAAUGUUCUCUUUCUACACGUUCCCGCCAGUCCGGAGGAGGCCGCAAUCGAGCGGGGUCGGAAGAUAGCGCUGGCCUUGAUGAAGACUAUGGCAACAUGUUGGGUUGAUGAGAAGCACGCUACAUGA